AUGGCUUCCUCAAGCAACAUUCCUCUCUUCAUCGCCCUACCGAUCUUGUUGACUCUCCUACCAUUUUUCUGCAUCUUCCGGCUCGUAAAUUUUGUUUCAAGGAGGUUUAGACAUGAAAACCUCAGAGGAAAAGUAGUUCUGAUCACCGGCGCUUCAUCUGGAAUUGGAGAGCAUUUAACUUAUGAGUAUGCAAAAAGAGGAGCUUGUCUAGUGAUCAUAGCCAGGAGGGAAAAUCUCCUCAUUAAGGUGGCAGAAAAGGCACGACUACUCGGGUCGCCUGACGUUCUCCAUAUAUGUGCAGAUGUGCAGAAAGCCAAUGAAUGCAGGGCAUUCGUUGAGGAAGCAGUCAACCAUUUUGGUAGAUUGGAUCAUGUUGUCAAUAAUGCAGGAAUUGCUUGUAUGUGCUUCAUUGAAGAUGCAGCUGACAUUACAAAAUUUCCACAAGUAAUGGAUGUGAACUUUUGGGGAUCAGUUUACCCAACUUACUUCGUGAUUCCUCAUCUGAAGAGGACAAAAGGAUCCAUUUUUGUGAAUGCAUCAGUGACUGCUACUCUAAAUCCACCAGGACUGAGCAUCUACUCUGCGAGCAAAGCAGCUCUUCUGAGCUUCUAUGACACGAUGACUGUUGAGCUGGCGCCGGAAAUCUCAAUUACAGUUGCCAGUCUGGGUCUGAUAGAGUCAGAAAUUAGCAUAGGAGGGAAGCAGUUAACCCUGGAAGGAACUAUGGACGUAAAAUCAUAUUUUGCAAAUUGGGGUGCUGAUCAUUUUCCACCAAUGGAAGCCAGUGCUUGUGCCAAAGCGAUUGUGAAUGCAGUGUGCCGAAAAGAAAGAUAUGUUACAGAGCCAAAAUGGUACAGGAUUCUCUUGGUAUUGAAAACCUUGUACCCUGAGCUGACUGAAUGGACUUGCCAAAAGAACUACCAGAGGAUGAAAACCAAUGUACCAAAAACUACUCCCUUCCCACCCUCCCAAAAUAAAAAAGAAUGA